AUGGCGGAUGAAGUGGAUCAGCAACAAACAACAAACACUGUAGAGGAGCCACUUGAUCUCAUCAGACUCAGUCUAGAUGAGCGAAUCUAUGUCAAAAUGAGGAAUGACAGAGAGCUUAGAGGCAGACUACAUGCAUAUGAUCAGCACUUAAAUAUGAUUUUGGGUGAUGUGGAAGAAACUGUAACUACAAUAGAGAUUGAUGAAGAAACCUAUGAAGAGAUUUAUAAAUCUACCAAAAGGAAUAUUCCCAUGCUCUUCGUCAGAGGUGAUGGUGUUGUGCUUGUAGCUCCUCCAUUGAGGGUUGGUUGAAGAAACAAAGAAUUUAACCUUAUUGGAAAGUUUCAGACUUGGACAAUGGUUCAGGUUUCAAUCAUGUCUCAAAAUUCUGUAUGUGUUUUUUAUAAGAUGUUGUUGUCUGCCCUCUUGGGGAGGGGAACUAGUUUAUUUUGCAGAAAAUACAUGUCAACCCAACCUGAUUUUUCUCAGAAUUGAUGUAACUGCUGUAAAUUGCCUGUUCUUCAC